CUCCUUUUCCUUUUCCUUUCCUUUUCCUUUUUCCUUUUCCUUUUUCCUUUUCUCCUUUGUUCUUUGACCCUUUCCACUUACCUCAAUUUUACCUUCACUUGACUGGCCAGACCUUGGCUCUUCUCCCCGAUUAACAUAUCCUCUCAACCCUCAACUCUCAACUCUCAACUCUCAACUCUCACCUCUUUUUUCAUCUACACAAAAGAAGCUUUAAAGAAACAAAAAGAAAAAAAAAGAAAAAAACAAAAAAAUAAAGGAAAAGGGCAUCAGGAACAAACGAUGACGCACUCACUCUCAAUCGGUCGUCGUCUGGGUCAGAUGGUGAUGCUUGGUGCAGCAGCAUCUCUUGCACUCAUUUCACUGGAUUCACAUCAUCUCGUUCAAGGAUUUUACUUGCCAGGGGUAGCCCCUCAUGACUAUGUAAAAGGCGAUCCAGUGCCGUUGAUGGUCAAUGCAUUGACUCCUGGUUCUGAUCGGGAUCUCAAAUCAGUCAUUGCAUAUGAUUAUUAUGACCCACAGCUUGGAUUCUGUGCUCCAGAAGGAGGUGAAAAGGCUCAGGCUGAAUCCCUUGGAAGUAUCUUGUUUGGUGAUCGAAUCUGGACCUCGCCAUUUAAGAUCAAUAUGAACACCGUGGUUGAUUGUCAACGUCUUUGUGACAAGGAAGUGGAUGCAGAACAGGCCCAAUUCAUCAACGCACGUAUCCGUGAGAAUUAUGCGAUCAACUGGCUAGUCGAUGGUUUACCGGCUGGACAUGUUCGUCCUGGUCGUGAGCCGGACACGGAGGUGUACUCGAUCGGAUUCCCUCUGGGCGAGGACACUGGAAGACCAACGCCCCAACUGAAUAAUCAUUACGAAAUCUCGAUUGAUUUCCAUCAUAAUAUUCAAAAGGAUACUCUACGUGUUGUCGGAAUUGUAGUCCAGCCUAUGAGCAUUGCCUCUCCUGUAAUUGGCCAGCCUGCAUGCGGUAUUUUGGAUGCUGAUCAAUCCCCUCCUGUGUACCUGGACGAGAAGGCUACAACCCCUGUUACUUACACCUACUCUGUCAAGUGGAAUGAAGUGGCGACUGCUUGGGCGACGCGUUGGGAUAAGUAUCUGUUAGUGGGAGAGCCAAGGAUCCACUGGUUCAGUUUGGUGAAUUCAAUCAUCAUUGUCCUCUUCUUGACAGGGAUGGUCGCGAUGAUCCUGUUGAGGGCUCUUCAUAAGGAUAUUUCACGCUAUAACCAAUUGGAAGCACAGGAAGACAUUCAGGAGGACUUUGGAUGGAAGUUAGUCCAUGGAGAUGUCUUCCGGACCCCAGCUUAUCCAAUGUUGCUCUCCAUCAUUGUCGGAAACGGAUCCCAGAUGUUUUUGAUGGCAUCUGUCACCAUUGUGUUUGCAGCCCUUGGAUUCCUAUCGCCAUCGAACCGCGGAUCACUUGCUACGGUUAUGAUUGUGUUUUACAUGUUCUUUGGUAUCGUGGCAGGUUUUGUGUCGGCACGUAUGUACAAAAUGUUGGGCGGUGAGGCAUGGAAGAGCAACGUGCUUGGAACAGCUUUCUUGUUUCCUUCGAUCAUAUUUAGCGCAUUUGUAGCACUCAAUUUCUUCUUGAUCAGUGCCAAUUCGUCAGGAGCGGUUCCAUUUGGUACGAUGCUCGGGAUUGUGGCUUUAUGGUUCUUGGUGUCGACACCUUUGUCGGUGAUUGGGUCAUAUCUUGGAUUUCAGCGUCCCCAGAUUGAGCAUCCAGUUCGGGCGAACCAGAUUCCUCGUCAGAUUCCUGAGCAAGUGUUUUAUCUUCGACCGAUUCCGUCGAUGCUCAUUGGAGGUAUUCUACCUUUUGGGGCCAUCUUUAUUGAACUGUACUUUAUUCUGAACUCGAUCUGGUUCCACAAGAUCUACUAUGUGUUUGGGUUCUUGUUCCUUGUGUUCGGGAUCUUGAUCUUGACCUGUGCAGAGGUGACGAUUUUGAUGUGUUACUUUCAUUUGUGUGCGGAGGAUUAUCAUUGGUGGUGGCGAGCGUUUUUCACCUCUGGAGCAUCGGCAUUUUAUAUCUUUGGAUAUUCGGUCAUGUACUACUUUUCGACGUUACAGAUCCGGUCGUUUACGUCGAUGGUGCUGUACUUUGGAUGGACAGCGAUCAUGAGCUUGAUCUUUUUUGUGCUCAGUGGAGCAAUUGGAUUCUUUUCGACAUUUGUGUUUGUUAGGAAGAUUUAUGGAAGCAUCAAGGUUGAUUAGAAAAAAUGAGGUAGUUUAGAUUUCAUAUAUUUCAAAUGUGGAACAGGGUGGUUACACAGUGGU